AUGGUCUCUCAACGUGAUAAAGAGCUUUUUAGAGAUGAUGUUCGUUCUCGAGGAACAAGGCUCAGUGCUGUCGAUCGCGAGAAAAUUUUGAACCCAUAUCUGCCAGAUCCAGCAGAUCUUCCAAGCCGGGCGCCUCAGCGGCGCAAAAAGAUUCCGCGGAAAACACCAAUACGAAGCUUUAUUAAAUCGCAGCUACAUCUACUUACUUAUGCCAUUCUUCAUGUUCUAUAUGGCAUUGUCAUUCGACUCUUCCAAAGCUACCAUGCUGUUGUGGAUCGGAUCUUUGCCAUCAUCUACUACCAUCACAGAACGCCACAGUUAAUUCGAAAGGAUGUGACGAGCUUGAAACGCCUCCCCGGGCAUUUGAGCGUCGUUCUGUCAUUGCGCAAGGAGGAUGACGCCUUAGCGAUCUUGAUGGAUGAAGUGGCAGAGCUUGCGGCUUGGACCUCCAGCAUCCCCACCCUUCAUCAUAUCAUGACCAGCAAGCUGUCCUCCUACUACGGUACCCCGGGGCAGCAACCAACUCUGCAGCUAUUUGCUCCUCAUCAUCCAAUAUUUAAACAGCCAGAAGGUGUGGCGUUGUCAAAUAAGGGAAAUCCCACUACUCUUACGGUGCUUCUCUUGUCUGCGACCGAUGGUCGGGAAACUUUUGUUGACUUGACCAAAACGUUGGCCGAAAUGUCCCAGAGUGGUAAACUAUUACCAGAACACAUAACUCUGGAACUGGUCGAUGCCGAAAUCAGCGAGAUUACCACACGGCCCACUACAACGGUGUCGGUUGACGGUGCCACGAGGGCCCCUAAUCAGCUUAUCUUGCCUGUGAAGCCUGAACCUGACCUUCUCCUAGUUUUUGGUCCGUUCUUGAAGCUGGAUGGAUACCCACCCUGGCAUAUUCGGCUUACAGAAAUGUUCUGUACUGGCGGUAGAAGUAGUGGGAUAGCGAUCGCCGACGAGGCCGUUGAAUAUCACGGGUUCCUCAGGGGCCUGUGGCAUUACGCCGGUGCUCAGAUGAGGUUCGGCCGAUGAAGGUAGCCCGCAAAUUUGUGGAUAAGACUUUGGUAUCAUGUACUCCAAUUAUUAGUUCAAUGAUACUUUUUAGUAUUGCAGCAAGCUGAAUAAUGAGACGUUGUCAUCCACACGCUAUUUCAGUACUUUAUAGUAGCCUGCAUAGUAAAGGUUGCAAUAUACUAAGUAGUGAUCCCAUUAAUCCCAUGUAAAUUAUAAUGCCUAUUAUCGCCGUCACCAGUAUGUGCACUUUGUCCAGGCUUGUAAUUUUGAAGGGAUGCGGAAUCUCUUGUUGACAAUGUUGAUGUAGGAUGACCGGCCGAGACUAUGUU